CGCUGCGUCGACAAGCGCGAGGUCGGCGAGAAGCUGCCCUUCCUCGCGACGACGUCGAUCAAGAAGGCGCUCAAGUGGCCCAAGGAUGAGGUGAUGGAGUAUCUGACGACGGCCUCGAAUCCUCUCCGGGGGGCUCCGGAACAUCGCCAGCGCAUGGACGAGCGGCUCGCGGAGAAGCGGUUCACGACCGCGGUGCCCGCGGCCGUCGAGUUCAUCGAGCAGGACCCGGGCCGCCAGUACGUGACGGGCUCCUGGGAGCCCGGCGACCGCGACUGGUACGCCUCGGCCUACGGCGAGGCGCCCGCGGCGCCCGCGUUCCCGCCCCUGAAGGCGCCGCGGCGCGCCCCGGACCCGACGCUCCUCGAGGGCGUCGCGGUCGCGUGCGGCGGCGACGCGGCCCGCGUCGCCGAGGCGGCCAAGGCCCAGGGCUACAGCGACGCGGAGGUGGCCGAGUGGCGCGCGCGCUGGGAGGCGUGGCGCGCGUGGCACGACGUGCGCGCGCCCGCGCGGCCCGAGCCGGCGCCGGCUCCCGCGGACCUCGCGGGCCUCAAGGCGGCGUUCAACGAGCUGCCCCCGGAGCAGAAGAAGGCCUUCCACGAGUACGCCUUCCUGAGCACGGAGUUCGUCGGCCCCCUCGGCCCCCUCGCGAGCGCCGAGGGGCCUUCCAUUGCCGACACUCUCGCCAUCCUCCAGGCACAACUCCCGUCCAUCGAAGCCGCGGCCAUCAAAGCCUUUUCCGUGGUCAGCUCCGGCGUCGCGCCCGAGAACAACGUCCCUACUUUCCCCAUCGUCAUGCCCGGGCAGAUCAGAAUCAUCCCCGAGGAGCGCCUGCAGACGCCGGACGGCGACCGCGCGACGCGGUCCCUCAAGGCCCUGGAGACGGCGGCGUCCCUGGCGACGAGCCGCGUGGACCACCCCUGCGUCAACGCCAAGCAGCGCAUCGGCAAGGACGUCUGCGCCUGCCAGCUCUCCUGCAGGGACCUCCAGUGCUCGAACGCGCGCGCGUCCUGCGGCGCGGAAUUCAAGGGGUGGUGCAGCGACAUGGACAUGAACGCCGCGAAGCGCGUCGAGAAGCGCGUCGCGACGUUGAAGCGCGGCGGCCCGGCGUGGCGCCUCGACGCGGACGCGGCCGCGCCGUUCCGCGACCUCUUCGGCGCCGGCGGCGCGCCCUUCGUCGCGCUCGUCGGCGAGCAGAAGUGCGGCACGACCCUCGUCUACGACGCGCUCGUCCAGUCCACGGCGCUGACGCCCGCGGCGAACGGCCGCAAGGAGCAGCACUUCUUCGACAGCCACCACGUCAUCGACGGCUGCCGCGCGUCCGGCUACGCGCGGGGGCUGACGGGCGGCAAGGCGCGCGGCGUGAUCGACGCGACGCCGGACUACCUCGCGGACCCCGUCGCGGCCGCGCACCUCGCGUUCCUCGUGGCGGCCCGGACGCCGGGCUUCGGCGACGAGUCGCGGCCCGUGGCGUUAAGCCGCGACGGCCACGGCCAUUGGUGCGUGACGCUCUGGAAGCGGAGGAAGCUCCUCCCGCACCACUGGGACGCGUGCCUCAACGCGGGCGUGAUCAUCUGGCGCCGCGACGUCCUCGGCCGCGCGCGGGACUUCUUCGAGCGGUGGUGGGCGCUCGCGGCGACCCGUGCGGCGACGUGCUGCGACCACUUCCCCGACGCGCACCGCGUCUGGCCCUGGGAGCAGACGGGGCUGCAGUACGUCGCCGCGGACGGCAAGGACGUCGCCGCGGCCGUGCCCGUCUACGAGCCCGCCUACCCCGCGGCGCGGCACCUCGUCUGGCCGCCGAAGAUCCGGUACAAGGCGUGCCCCGUGCCCUGGUGCCUGUCCCACGUUGCCGGCGCCUGCUGCGUCGUCGACCACCACUGCGCGGGCCGGCGGGACAAGUUCGCGCUCGCGGCGCGCGCGCUCCGGGAACGCGUCACUCGCGCGCCGGCGAGCGCGGCCCUGCGCCUCGUCGACCGGCGCGUCAACGCGACGGAAGCCACGCUGAGGGGCCGCGGCGCGCGCACGGGCAUGAUCGACCAUUAG